UUGGCCCACAGCUUCUCUGAAGGCUUCUCCGCAGUCACCACUGCCACCUUACAUCACACAGAACUGCUCCUGCUGAGGCUGUGGGUCUGGGUCCCAGCUGGGUUUCCUGCAGGAAUACUGUGGUGGAUGCUGCUCCACCAGACGCACCUGUGAAGGACACAGAAAGAAAGGACCUCAGAAGUCUUCUAAGGCGAGUCAUGGCACAUAACCCAGAGCCUCUGUCAGAGACCUCUGUCAUCAAGUUCAAUGAUCAGGACUUCCACUCCUUGCGGGAUCGUUGCCUACGCAGGCGCCUGCCAUUUGAGGAUGAGACGUUUCCAGCUGAGGCUUCUUCCAUAGGACAGAAGCUGCUCCAGGGAAAAAAUCUUUCCUUCCUGGAGUGGAAGCGGCCAUGGGAAUUAUCAGAGGUUCCCCCUCACUUCAUCCUGGAAGAUGCAAGCAGAUUUGACAUCGAACAAGGAAUAGCAGGAGACUGCUGGUUCCUGGCAGCGCUGGGCUCCUUGACCCAGAACCCUCAGUGUCUGCAGAAGAUCCUGAUGGACCAGAGCUUUUCACACCAGUAUGCAGGGAUUUUCCGUUUCCGGUUCUGGCAGUAUGGCCAGUGGGUGGAAGUGGUGGUUGAUGAUCGACUGCCUGCCAUAGGCAGAGACUGCCUUUUUGUACGUCCUCGAAAAGGCAACCAAGAAUUCUGGCCCUGCCUGCUGGAGAAAGCUUAUGCCAAAUUGCGUGGAUCCUACUCCCAACUGCACUAUGGCUACAUCGAAAACGCCCUGGUGGACCUCACAGGAGGGGUGGUCACCACUGUCAACCUGCACUCCUCCCCUUCCAACCUGCUGAUGGCAGUAAAGAUGGCAGCCGAGACAGGCUCCCUGAUGACUUGUGCCACCCCAAAUGGGCCAACCGCUGGGGCCCAGGUGAUGAAGAACGGGCUGGUGAGUCAGCACGCCUACACCGUGACCGGGGCUGAGAAGAUUCAGUACAGGAGGGGCUGGGAAGAAAUCAUCCGCCUGUGGAACCCCUGGGGCAACACGGAAUGGAGAGGGCGCUGGGGAGACGGGUCCCGGGAAUGGCAGGAGACCCGUGACCAGCGGAAAAGCCAACUGUAUGAGAACAAGGAAGAUGGAGAGUUUUGGAUGUCAUGUCAAGAUUUCCAAGAGAACUUCUCCUGCCUGUUCAUCUGUAACCAAUUCCCCAUCACUCUGGACCAUGGGCUCACACCCCAUGAAAGAUGGCACCUAAUCAUGUUUAAGAACCAAGUGCUUCUUGGAAACACCACAGGAGCACCCAGGAGGGAAACUCAGUACUUCUUCGAUGUGUCAGAGCUCACGAGGGGCCACAACAUUGUGGUGUCCUUCACUGUCAAGCCACAAAGCUUGAAGGCAGAAGAUGAGAACUUUCCGAUACGCUUCCAGGUGUUCAAGGUGGACUCCCAGUUCCAGCAAUUCCAGGAGAGGCUGCCGCCCACAUUUUUCUCCCCAUUCAGACAUGAUAUCCAAGGCAUAGAGUAUGAAGUCAACUCCAACUUUACAAAGUCCUUCCAUCUGAUCCCUGGGCACUAUGUUGUGGUUCCCUCGGCACCCAGAGAGAAGACUGAAUACUUGCUCCGAAUCUUCCUGAAAAUGCCAGACAGUGACAGGAACUCGAGCAACGAUUUCGACCUCAGAGAACUGAAGGGAAGUCUUCCAGAAAAUGGAUCCCAACAAAGCAUUUUCUACAGAUAUGCUCAGCAGGGACUGGACAUAGAUGCCACUCAGCUUCAGAAUCUUCUCAACCAGGAGCUUCUGACAGGGGACACUUUCUCCCUGGACGAGUGUCGCAGCAUUGUGGCUCUGAUGGAUCUGAAAGUGAACGGGCGUCUUGACCAAGAGGAGUUUGGGAGGCUGUGGAGGCGCCUUGUCCACUGCCAGCAUGUCUUUCAGAACUUUCGGAUGAGCUCUGGAGUCCUCCUGAGCUCAAACCUGGGGAAGGCCAUAGAGAAUACAGUCUUCCUUACAGGGAUCUUCGUAAGCAGCGAGCUGCUGGACCUCAUGUCCCUUCGGUACAGUGACAGCACGGGCCGGGUCACUUUCCCUAGUUUAGUCUGCUUCCUGAUGCGACUGGAAGCCAUGGCAAAGACAUUCCGCAACCUCUCCAAGGAUGGAAAAGGUCUCUACCUGACAGAAAUGGAGUGGAUGAGCCUGGUCAUGUACACCUAAAGCAAGGAGUAUAGAAGACCCUGUGGACCACGUACGACAUGGUAACUCUGGAAUCUUUUCCUCCUGCUAUAAACAGCUCCCCUUUUCCUCCAGGGACCACACAUAAGAUUCCCUGGGAACAGCCCCCCAGCAAUUACAGAAACCUUAUCUUUGUGAGCUGAGGCUCAGCUGCUCAGGACCUCUAGUUGUAAGGCCAAUGCUGAAAAUUUCACACAGGCCAUUUAGACCAAUGGACAUUCAUGUAAGCGUGUGGCCUAAAAGUCACAAAUGAGGGAUUUAACAUUCUUGGUUGAUGUUACAAAGACAAAGGCAAUAGAAAUGGUGGAGAUGGAAUGAUGGCGGAGCCAUAGAAACAGCAGGCCUUGGGGAGAGGAGAAUUGGAUCCAGCCCCAGCUCUACCACUGCCUGACUACCAGCUUGGACAGAUCGCAGACAUCUGUAGGCAUCAGUGUUUAUAUAUCUAGCAUGAGUGUGCCAGAGAAUCAACACCCACGUCCCAUUUUCUCUACAUUUGUUUUCAUGGAGCAGACUCUAGAGUUACAUAAUCCACACCCACACCUUGCUGUAGGAGAAGCCCCAGCAGAAUCUCUCUUCUAGAAGCCUUCAAGACUGAGAAACUCAUGCUCUCUCCAUUGUUGGACAUCUCCUGGUGUCAGAGGGAACAGUGUUCUUCCCUGUAACUUUCUACCCCUCAUUCUUCUUUUCUCUGGGUCAUGGAAGAGAAAAAAGACUGGACUAAAUAUCUUCUAAAUGUCUUACAUCUCAGGCCUCAAAGCAUGGAGGGUAUCUCUGUUGUCUCACCCAAAGCCUCUCUGCUGCAGUUAUCUCUGUUGUCUCUCAUCCAGGAUCUCCCACUGACCAUUUUGUGCAUGCCUAUGUCCCUUUAAAAUGAACAGUUUUCCAUGCAGUAGUCUGAUGAUCAGUGCCUUCUGAAAUUCUGUUAUUUUUUUAAAUACUCUUAAUUUUAUCUACCAAUAAUGUACC